CCGGCGCACACUUUACAACUCCCGUUGAAAAAAGUUAUGAAACGAUGACCUUCUUCACUAACUCCGUCAUUUUUCUGUGUCUCGUUUCUGUAAACGCGCUUAGUAUAGAAAAAGUGAGUGAAAAAAAUAAUGUGACGAAACGCCAGGCCGAAUUCUUUCCCGAUUGGGUGCCGUUCAAAAACAAACAUGGAGAGGAACUCGGAGAAUUUGUUAGUGUACCCAAGACAAAACUAAAAAAGCGAUUGGCUCCACCAGUGAAUUUCAUCCUCAGAGCUGUAGCUGAACCUGAAGGUGACGAUUACUACGAGAAGGGCCAAGGUGGAGAUAGUGACAGUGAAGAUUAUUAUGAGAAAAAGGAGUGGUCGGAUGUAAAUCGACCUGCCGAAAUCGUUGAAACUGAUAAAAUAUUAAAUCAUACAGAUAUAUCAGAUAUCGACGGAGUUGUUAAUAUAAUAACUACGAAACCCGCUCUUGAUGUUGAUAAAAUUCAAAUAUCACUUUUUGACAAUAACGCAAACAAAACGAAAAAUGGAACAAACGAUUCUAUUGCGGAAGAAAUUAAAGAAAAUAAGUCAGUUGAAGUUGAGAAGAAGGAAUCUAGUGAAGAAAAAGCCCAAGACAAGAAGGUUGAUAAAAAAUAUGAAGAAGAAGCUGAAUAUGAAGAAUCAGAUGUAGAAAAACGAAAACCUGAAGAAACCGAAGAAGAGAAAAGAGAAAAUGAUGCAAAGAAAGCUAAAAUACUUGAUAGUGUUGACGAACUCAAAGUAAGGCACGCUGAAGAACAACGUGUGAUAUCGGAAAAAGAAGAAGAAGUAUUUAGAGAAGAGCACGAAAGAAAUAAUUUAAAACAUAAUCCUAAUGUUGGUAAAUACGAUAAUCGCGGUGGUUAUAAAAAAGUGUCCGAAUAUGAUGAAUAUGAAGACAGAGAAGACCCUGUUCAUGACAAAUAUAGAAUAAACCCAUUUAAAGAUGCAUCAGUGACUACCCGUCAGCCGAAGAAAACACGCAAACAAAAAAAGAAUAAAAGUAAAAAAGAAGGAGUAGGCAAAUUGUCCGUAUUUAAAAAUCCCCAACUUUACAUGGUAUACGAUGAAGAAACUGGUGAGGAAACUACAAAAAGACCAACAUCGACAUCAAGUUUGAAGUCUUCUCGGUUCUCUUCUCGUUACGCGACUUCUACUUCGUCCCCAGACCUUGAAGAAAACGAGAGUAUAUCGUUAGUACCUCAAAACACUGAAGGCAAAGAAGGAGAGCCAACGUUGUACUUCCCUAAAACACGAAAAAACAAGCGUAGACGCAAAAAUAAGAAAACAACCCCUGAGCCAGAUUCACAUGUAGCUGAGACAAUUAAAGAAACAGCUAAAGGUUUAACGACCGCUCCAGGUUUCCCUAUGACUGGGACCGGUCCUGAUACUACUGUUACAGCAGCUGAUACCACUGCUACGGCUACUGAUACCACAGGAACAGGUCUGGACACUACGGGAGCAGGCACAGUAACAACUGCUCAGGAGACUGCUCCGAGUGCUGUAAGUGAUACGGUACCGGCUUCCAGUGAUCACAAGGGUCACAAAGACAAAAACGAAAACUACAAAAAAGGUGGCGGUCGAGAAUAUAAAUCGGAACAUCAUGAGCAGCACGAGGAACAUGGCAAAAAGGCAUACGAGGGCGUCCACAAAGACACGAAAACCGCAAAGGGCCACCACGACCGAGAGGACCACCUCGGCAAGUACUCGGACCACGACGACCACAAGCAGAGCCACCACGUCGAGUCCGGCCACUACGGUGACCAUCACCAUGAGGAGCACGGCAAGAAACAUGCAAAGUACGAAGAAUCGGGCAAACAUUCGAAAGGGCACAGCACCAAAGGCAGUCACGACAUCCACAAGAAGGACGAAUACGAAAAGAAGGUGGAAUUCUUCGAGGAAGAAGGCGAUUCCGCAGAGGAAGAGAAGCAUGGCGGCUACGCAGACGAAAAGUCACACAAAAUGGGCGGGCACUUCGGUAAAGGCAAACACCAGGAGGGUCAUCAUCAACACCACAAGGGCGAUUCGGGCCACUUCCAGAAGGGCGGCCAUGCGGUCGGCCACAAGGGCCACCGCGCCUCUGGUGGUCACGAUGGUCACAACAAGAAUGGCCUCGCGCAUCACCACGAGGAAGGCAAGAAGUCGGGCAAGAAAUGGGUGUACCACCACGGCCAUCCCGCGAAGACUGCUAAUCUGGUCCUGAUCGACAGGCGAGCGGACCAAUAUUACCACGGACCGCAGUACUACGGAUAAAGAUAGUUAAACCAAUCUCAUUAGUGAAGUUAAACUAGACUUAUAGUAAGCUGUCAAAAACAUGAGGAACUCUUAACUCGAUAUGCUAUAAUUGUGAAGAUUUGUUUCUGUGAAAACAGCAGUGCUUUUCUGUACGAACAAACUCACUUUUCACUGCGGAAUCCAGGUUUUGUCAAAUUACGCUAGUAAAUUCUGCGGUGAAAAGUGAGUUAGUUUACAGAAUAGCACUGCACAAUUGAAGUUGGAAAUAAAAGGAAUUAGUUAUUAUAAAUAUAAUGGAAUGAAGUGAAAACGGCGAACUAUCUCAUUUGCACUUAUGGAGCGUGUAGCGAUUACGUCAUAGCUCUUAAUAGUGCCCUCCCUGUUUUUUAUUGGUUAAAACGUGAUAUUUAAAUAAUUUUCUUACAAAUUCCUUUUACUUCACAAUAAGUAUAUUUCUCAUAUGCGUCUCGUUGAUUUGUGUUUAAAAUCCUCUGAAUUUUAAAAUUUAGUAUUAAAAUUGAUAAUGAUCUUUAAUCUAAUUGAAUAUAUUGUCUCUUUUUCGAACCAUAAAUAAAUGAAAAAUUAGUAAUGAUAUUGCAUAUUGCUCAAGAUAUUCAUUUACAUUUUCCAACUGCUUACUAAUAAAUAUUAACGUGAUAUUUUGUUGUUAUAGUAGCAUUUUC